AUGUACAGAAACGGUCGCUUUGAUGUCUACGGCUGGGGUCCUCGCACCAAUGAGGCCCUGCGUGAUGGACCAAUCGUCUUCCCAGCAGCUGAUCAGCUCUACACCGACAUCGAGAACGUCGCUGCCCAGGCUGCUGCGAAGCGACAGUAUCUAUUUCAGCCUCACGGUAUCUCGCAGCCACAGGGGUUGGACUCGAUGCUUUCUGAUCUCGCAGACGACUUUGUUCGUCUCAGCGCCGAGGCGGUAUGGCACAUUGACGGUUACGACGAGAUGAAAGCUGCAACCAACCGGCCAGUGGAUAAGGGACAUGACGAGGACCAAGUCUUGCACGAAGAGCUCCACGACGCGAAUAUACACGAGGACGUGACCUGGGAACAGACGCUACUUUGCACUGACUUCCACUGCCCUCUCCUCACCUAUGUAUGCAACAGUCGUUCAGUGCAAGACAUCCUUUGGGCUUAUGGCCUCAACAAUGGCCAGCCAGGCACGGACACCAAACGCCUUCUCAGACACAUGUUCAUGAGUGUGGCGUCCCUUCAUUUUUGUGCAAACACUCUUGUGCUCUUGUGCUUAAGCUUCAAUUACCUGCUCAAGAGCCUGAACAAGGCGAAUAUGUAA